UUGAACACUGCUCAACCUCUCUCUACAAGUGGAUGUUCAAAUGCAGCUCAUGCUCUUUAGAUAUUAAGCGGUAUGUCCUGCCUGAACUGGGCCUAAUGGAAUGGACAGUCUCUGAGUGAGGACGAUGCUGAGCAGAACCGAACACAGAGGUGUGUGCAGGCUGCUAUCAUCAGUGAUGUCUGGGACAGAGUCUCAUACAGACAGAGAGGAGGAUUACAGGUUCCUCCACAGCAUGCUCAUGGAGAAGAAGCUUCACCUGCUCUUCAAGAUCCAUGAGCGUCUGAAGCGUUUUGAGAAGCGAAGCCCUGUCCCCGUCCAGGAGCACGCAGCGAGUCUGGCCUCAGACUUGGCCGAGGAGCUGAUAUGCAAAGGCUGGAGCGAUGAAGUCAAAGAGCUGGUCGCUCUCUUUUCCAAACCCCAGUUUAAGAGCCUCCUGUCUGUCCACGACGCUGUAGCUCAGCGAGACUUUGAGCCCACUCUGCCGCCGAUGCCUGAUGAUGUUCUAGAGGAGGACGAGGAUUCGGUCAAAAUUGUCAGUCUGGUCAAAACUAAAGAGCCCCUGGGGGCAACAAUUAAGAAGGAUAAAUCCACUGGGGCUAUUGUUGUGGCGAGGAUCAUGAGAGGAGGUUCAGCUUAUAAAAGUGGCCUGAUCCAUGAAGGCGAUGAGCUCAAAGAAGUGAACGGCGUCUCACUGGAGCACAGAAAGCCAAAGGAAAUCCUUUCUCUUCUGGCUCGCUCUCAGGGUGAAGUUAAGUUCAAAAUCAUUCCUGCGUCCACCAAGGAAGAAAUGUCAUCAAAUAAGAAGAAGCUGUUUUUGCGAGCUCUUUUUGACUAUGAUCCUAAUGAGGAUCCCACCGUUCCGUGCAAAGAUGCAGCUGUCGCCUUUAAAAGAGGCGACGUCCUCCAGAUUGUCUGCAUGGAGGAUGACACCUGGUGGCAGGCCUGUCACCUCGGGGACGUCAACACUCGAGCAGGGCUGAUCCCCUCGCAGCAGCUCCAUGAGAGGAGAGUUGCACUACAGCGACCUAAAGCCCUGUUCAAGCCACGACGAGUCAAACCACCAGUCAUGGAGGAUGUCGACUACAGAGCUAUAACAGGAAUCCACAUUGCUGGUUUAAGAAGAAGUUUCCGACUCGGGAGGAAGAGCAAUCGGGCCACAGAAGCAGCUCGGUCUAGGAGGUGGAGCACAGGGGUACACAGCUCAGUUUGUCCCCCUACCUACAUAGAGGUGAUCCCAUACCACAAGGAUCCCCAAGACAGGCACCGUCUGGUCAUUCUGGUUGGGCCCAACGGCGUUGGCGUUAACGAGCUGAAGAGGAGGCUGCUGAUAUCCGACCCCGACCACUAUGGCGUCACUGUACCGCACACCACCCGUGAGAAGAGACGGCAGGAGAGUGAAGGGGUGGAUUAUCAGUUUGUAUCAAUUCACGUGUUUGAGGAGGACAUUCUUAAUCAUAGGUUUAUAGAGUAUGGGAGAUACAAUGGACACUACUAUGGAACAAGUCUAGACUCUGUGCGCAGAGUGAUGGCUGAGGGCAAGGUGUGCCUGCUGGAUGUGCACCCCGGUAAAAUCAAGCACGUGUAUACAUUUGAAUUCAAACCAUACGUGGUGUUUGUGAAGCCGCCGCGUAUAGAGGAGCUACGCCUCACCAGACGCAGAGCUAAAUUCAUCUGUGAUGACGAGAACAGGAACUCAGUCAGGAUCUUUUCAGAGGAGGAUUUUGAAGACAUGAUCGACUCGGCUGAAACCAUGGAGAGCCAGUGUGGUCACUUGUUUGACAAGGUGAUCGUUAACGGAGAUAUCGCGAUGGCGUUCAGAGAGCUGAAGGCGGACUUGAAGAAGGUAGAAGAGGCAGAAGUCCAGUGGAUUCCUGCAGAGUGGAUUAGCUCCUCACCAUCAAAAGCACGGAGAAGUUGUGGUCUCCUGGACAGCUGGAUUUAAACUUUUAACUCACAAAGAAGGGAUUAAGAAUGAACGUCUUAAUUGUAUGUACGAUAGCUAGCAAGUUUGAAUUUUUGUCAUACUUUGAACUUUUUUUCCAUUCAUUCAACAAGUCUUGUGAUUACCACAGUUUUCCAUACUGUCCCCAUAGUGUGUGUCUAAUUAGGCAAACAGAAUCCAUCUCUCUCUCUCUAUCCCUCCAUUCGUCGCAGGGCCAGUUUUUUCUGUUGGCAUUUGGCUGAAGUAACGUCGGCUCGCAGGACACAGAAAAGGAAGAAGAAGAAGAAAAAAAAAAGGAAACUCUCCAGAGCUUGUGGCUGAGUGUAAUCCUUCCCUGCCAAGUCGCAAACAUCAGCAUGUAAUUAUUCUGACAGCUGCUGCACUUCAAUUAACUGUAAUGUACACCAGAGAAAUAUUAUUAGUAGCAGUCGGGCAGACAUUUUGCCAACAACAUGCCGUACAAAAUAGGGACACAAACAAGAUAAUAGUCAAUUACACUAUAGAUGAUGAAGAAGGAAAGCCCGUUUCAUGGAUGUAAAUUUCUAAAUUGUGUGCAUGUUUUAGAUUAGGACUAUAGAUGUGUAAGUCUCACAGUUAUUGUUAAAAACUUGGUUCUUGAUGAUUCUUGAUGAUUCUUGAGGCUUCAACGUGUGUAUUUUGAAGCACUCUACACUUGUUUAUGGACCAUUAAUUGUGAAAAGGUCUUUUUUUUUAUCCAAAAACAUAUUGGGACAAUUAAAAAUAAUUGGCAGAAAACUCACCAUUAGUGACACUCCAUUAACAAAUACUCAUAUUUGAGCAUCACAGCUGUCGUAGCGUAGCUUCUACUGUUCUCCUUCACACAAGCUGCUUUAAUCUAAUUCAUUUAAAUGGCUGCAUUCCUCUACGUUCAUGCUGUUUCCUUCUUCUUUUUUGGAUGCUGUGCUCAAUUGGGUGUGAAGGAGUGUUAAUGUGUCUAUCAUGUCGUGUUUGGGAGGAAGAGGGAGCUGCAUGAUGUGCGGAGAUGGUAAUGGCUUUCAAGGGACCUGGGCCUUUGCAGACAUGCAGAGUUACGACCGCACAUAAAAAGCUGUGAAAGUACAGUGAGGCUCUACACAGUAGAUUGGAGUACAGGGAUUAAGAGCAUGCUAUUUUGUCUCAGGUAUUUAUUGUCAGUGUCAAACCCAAGUGAGUACACAAAGAAGACAGCGGCACAAAUGGAUGAGUGGAGACGCACUCAUUUGGUGUGUUCGCAUGUCUCCUGAUCACCAGGACGUACAAACCAGACUGUUAGGACAAGAGUCGCACUUCUGCCAGGCCCGAAGCUCAAACCUCAGCCAAAACGUGGCAGUAUAAUUUCAUCACAUCACUGAGAAUCUACAGGCACCCUCUGAGAUCAUAACGAUGCCAUUUAAGACACCGGAGUGAUCCAAUGAAAACCCACCGUUUUAUGUUCACUGCAGCUCCCACUUCAAACAUUACACAGAAGUAUGAUGUCAAUUGGUCUCGGAUAAUUUGGCUCAAUCAUGUAAAUGUCUAUUUGAAGUAUGUAAA